AUGGCUGACACUGAAAUACGUGAAGAGUUCAAGGGAGAAAAUCAAGCGGAGGAUGCUGGUUGGGGUUUAAAGCAGGAGAACAAUGAGGAUGAUGAUGGCUGGGGGUUCAAGGGUGAUGAUACUCAGAAUGGCUGGGAGGAGUCUAAGCAAGAGGAUAAUCCAGGCACUCAGGGCGCUCCAGGUACUCAAAAUCCACAGCCACAGUCACCACAUCUUCCACGCUCUCCACCACGCUCUCCAUCCCCUCCUCCACGCCCUUCCCCACCUCCACCACGUCGCCGCAAUGAAAACCCACCAGAACCUAACGAAACACUUGGUGUGUUCGGUUUAUCGAUUAGAACACGUGAAAUCGAUUUAGAAGAUGAAUUCAAUCGAUUUGGUAGAGUGGACAAGGUUACAAUCGUAUACGACCAACGCUCUGAUCGCUCUCGUGGCUUUGGUUUCAUUAAAAUGGCCUCAAUCGAAGACGCAGACAAGUGCAUUCAAGCUUUAAAUGGCGUUGAAAUUCACGGUCGUAACAUUCGCGUUGACUUUAGUGCAACUAAGCGUCCACACUCUCCAACUCCUGGUCAAUAUAUGGGUGUUAAACGCUUCGACGACCGUCGCUUCGAUCGCCCUCCUCCACGCGGUGGUGGUGGUGGAUACCGUGGUGGUCCUCCUCCUCGUCCUCCUCCUCGUCGUGGUUACUACGACCGCGAUGACUGGAGAGGUUCAGGCUCCAGACGCAGCCCACCACCCAGACGCCGCUAUUCACGCUCUCCCCCACCAAGACGCUACCGCGACUACUCGCCACCACCACCACGUGCAGGUGGUUACGGUAGACCUCGCUCUAGAUCCCCUCCUCCACGCGGUGGUUAUGCCAGACGUUCUCCUCCUCCACGCCGCUUCAGUCGCUCUCCUCCUCCUCGUCGCUACUCCCCUUCCCCAAUGCGCGAUUAG